AGUGACAAGCUGACAUGUUAACCUAAAAAUCGAACCAUUAUAAACAACAAUAAUACUUAUAUGAUUGACAUUAUAAUAUUAAUUUAUUCUGUGUCAAGUUUAGUGUAUUUUGAAUAAGAAUGGGGGUUCAUGUAAUGGCAUUAACCCUUUCUGGCGGAUUGCCAUUAUUUUCCAGACAGAUCGGAAACUCUCAACCUCUUCCAUUCUCACUCAUCGCUUCUCUCAAUGGUGUUCACAUGUUUUGCAACUCUCAACAGUCUGGAUUAAAAAGUACGAGCACUCAAGACUCUACAGUUGUAUGGAAAGAUUAUGAAGACAGUAUAACGCUGAUAGUCGCUGCUUCCACCACUAAUGAAUCAGCGCUAACUGAACUCAUGGACUGUAUAUUCAAUACUAUAAUACUUACAGUGGGAUUGGAAGAAGUUCGUGGACUGCAGACUAGAAACAUCGAGAGGCUGAAAAGAGAAUUGAGAUCAUGCUUCCCGUUGAUGGAUAAGAUUUUGGAUGCUGUGGAUCUUGGCGAUAGAAACGUUGUGCCCACCGACUUCAUGUCAAUGGUGGAAACUGUUCUCUGCUCAGAUUCAUUGUCGCUCAAGAACUGCCUGGGAGUGUUCGCCGAGUGCGUGGAGUCCCUGUUCGCGUGCGUGCUGCUGAACGGGUGCCUGGUGGUAGCAACGUGCGGCUGGUGGGAGCUGGUGGCUUCCGAACGCAAGCUGUUGUCGCUGCUAGUGGACGCCAGUAGUGGCGACUGCACCGCACUGGAUGUGCCCGUCUUCCUGCCCUGCAAGAGUCCUAGUGUGCCCUUCCGGCUGGUCGCUGUCUGUCUGGUCACCGGUGUGUGGGUGGUCGCUCUCUGUGGUCCCGAGCCUGCGUUGGCAGCUGUGGAACAAUACGCGGCUAAGGUGUGGAGGCCGGCAAUUGAUCUACUGCGCAACCUGCAGGGCGCACCUCGCUUCCUGCCACCCGGGCUUCAGCAGAACCAUCAUUGCAUCAUCGGGUCAGUGCGAACCAUAGUAACAUCUCCAAUCCGGAGAUAAGAUUUAUAAAGUUUG